CAGAUCAAUAAUACUUCGAAUAUUUUCACGGUAUUGAUUUUAUUUUUUUUCCCCCCUUCUAAUUUUUCCAUCAUUAUUAUCAUCCGGUCCAGGGAUGAGCGGGCAAGAGGCGAAGAACCGACGGGAUGGACAUGGACACCCUCCAGCUCGAUGAUUAAAAACCCAGCCAUCCAAUCUCUUCUCCCCUCCAUCGAUUAUCUGCUACUGAUCAACUAUCAACUAUCAAACUGCUGCUACUAUCAACAACAACAACAACAAGAACCACCACCACAGCGUGCCCCUCUUCUGCCUGUUUGUCCCAAUCAUCGUUCCCCCACCCCUCCGUCAUCCAUCAUUAUUAUUAUUAUUAUUGCCUCCAUUACAUCCAUUACACCCAUACCCAUUCUUCCUUUCAUCUGCUUGUAGUAUCUAGUUUUCCACCCCACCUUUCAACUGGCUUCUCGCUUCCCCUCUUCUCCCCUCCUUCCUCUUCCUUUGGUUUU